AUGGAUGGAGCACGUCCAUGCAAACCGACCACAGGGCAUGUGCCAAGCAUCAUCUCCGUACGGCUACAGACUCCAACUUGCCCGAGAGGAGGUGUGGAGUGCCAAAACACGCAUCCGAAUAUCCAGUCCUAUCUGGCAUCAGUUCAGGUCGACUUGCAGAUAGUCGGCCAUGUCAAAGCUCACGUCUUCGACAGGCAGGGUAUGGUCACAGGGGAGUCCCUCGGAAUGUGGGAAGAGUGCCAGCGCUACGAUCAGAAUCACUUUGGCGCAAAGCUGGACAAGAUCGACAAUUAUUUCGACAAUGAAAGCUUCGAAAGUGAAGCCGAAGUCAAGAUUGAAGAGGCUCAGGCGGUAGAUCGUAUAUGUCGAAGAGGUCUUGCUGCGGGAGGCAUGGCGAGGCCGAGUAUUAUUCUCCUUGAGCCUGGUCCCAUCAACUCGGCAGAGCACAGUUCUGCAAGCGAUAAUGCUGGUGAGAAACUCGAGAAGCAUUGGAAGAAGCUUGGCUUCAAUGCAUGGAGUUAUACAGAUCCUGCUUGGCUCUGCUUGUCUUUGGAGGAUGUUACUUGGGGUGCAGAAAAAGAAUCCUUGACAUAA